AUGAGUAACAAUUAUCUGACAGAUACGAAAGCUAUAGCGGAUCGGUUUAAAAGAUCAGCAUCGAAACGUCAACGUAAACACAAUAAGGACGGUGUACAUAAAAAUCUCGAUAAAGACACAACGAACGAUGUUACUAGAACUGAGUCUAGAAAUAAUACAGGUGUGACGAGAGUGUGGAUCAAAGAUGAACAGAUUUUUAUCAAAUACGUACCAGAAAGAAGAAGGAACUUCCCGAAGUGUUCUCAUUCGCACGAGACAAAAUAUCAUGAAAGGAAACUCAAGCAUCCGUUCUACAAAAACAGUCAAAGAAUUGAUGAAAUGCUUUAUGAGAAAAAAACAACUAAAAACGUUAAGGCUAUUGAACAGAAUACGAAAGAUAAUACGAAUUUAAAUAAAGUUAAAAAUGUUAAUCGUAAGGGAAAGAAGUUGACAGAUAAAGAUAAUGUCUACGAUAUUAUUGAAGAUAUAGUUUGUGAUGAACAAGAUAAGAGGAUUGGUUACAGUCCAAAUGAAACUGAUUUUAAUAAGAAUAUAUUUAUGUCUACACCUCCUGCGUACCGUAUUACGUUGAUUGUUUCGACGCUUAUGAGCCCCAUUUCGGUGACGGAAAUGCCUCAACGUAAAUAUACGCCGGUUGAACGUCCGGGACAUCGCAGGCUCAUGCAAGUAGACGACGAAGAAGAUAAAGAAGAUCUUGUCUAUGAAGAUUUAAAAGAAGUACUCGAAGAUGAAGGUCAAAGCCAGGAUGACAUAGACAAACAAGUAGAGAGGAAUAAAAGAGAUGAUAAAUUUGACCCUGAGCCUUUAACGAAUCCAAGUAGAUAUUCAGCGCAAAACACCCACAAUAUUAAUUGGAAAGGACCGAUGCCGCUUUACCCUGAUGAAAUAAACGCAGCAAUAAAACAAAUGACGAUACAAAAUAUGAAUCAAUUUCCAUUAGACACCAAAGAUAUGAAGUCGGAAAAAGAAAGGGCUGGAAAAGACGUGAGCGACACAGAAUAUAUAGAAAAUUAUGCAGACAAUAAAUACAAUAAAAUGUUGAAAAUGGCUCAGGCGUAUAGUGAUUAUGGUGUAUUAUAUGGUAAGAAGGAUAGAUCUGAAACUAUGAAGGAUAGUGAUGAGAAUGGUCAAUAUAACAAACUUAAACCGUAUAUCAAUAAAGAGUCCUUAUUGGAUAGAUUCUUCAGAAGAUCGAAAAAAGGUUCAUAUGAAGGUUUUUCAUUUCAACGUAAACAAGGAGAAACUAAAGACAAAGAAGAAUUCAUGAAAUCCCUCACAAAACACAUCAAAUUUAUUAAAAAUCCUAAUAAAAACGAUAAUUGUAAAAAACUUAACGAAAUAUCUAAGGAGACACAUUACUAUGUGACCCCUGAUAAUGAAAAACAAACAGGCAAUGCUAUUUUCACUUGGAAAAAAGGUUCACGUUCACUAAAAUCUAUAGAGGUUCCAGAUAAUGUUAAUGAAACAGACGAAGUAAUUCAUCCACUGAUUGAUGGUAAUAACAGUGGUUCUAAUGAUAACAAGAUUUCAUUUUCGACCGAUGGUAUGUUAAGUUUGAUAUCAGUGCUGUCAGAUUGGUUAAUAAGUUUACCUUAUCUGUCCAGUAACGAUAAAAUUGAAGAAUCGAAAAAAAACAUUAGCGAUAGCAAUCAAAAUUCCAGAUAUAAUGCAACAAAAAUAAAAGCAGGUAAAAUACUUCGUAAUGUUAAUGAUACACAAGAUGAUUUUAACUAUCCAUCUUAUGAUUCUGAAACGGUUGAUAACAUUGGACACAGGUCAAGAGUACUGAUGUCUAUUGAAGAUAAAAGAAAGGUCAAUCGAAUGCCUGUAAAGAAUGAUCUAGUUCAUACGUCUACAGAAACAGACAGCAUUAUACCUGUAGCACUUGUUUUAGUGAAAAACGAUAAAGAAAACAUUACAAAACAUAAAGACACACACGUCAGUAAUAAUAUACAGCUUAAAAACGAAAAUAAAACUAUCGUCAAGAGAAACGCUGAACAUCGACAGUCAGUAUUCUGGAAUGAUCUAUACGAUGAUGAAUACGGAGUUAAAAUCGACUAUACAGAAAAUAUCAGGGACAAGCAUUCAGCGAAAAAAGGACAAAAUGUCGUUAGGCAAUCAAGAGAUUGGUUUCAGAAUAGAUUUAAAAAUUUUACAAGUAGAUUUAAAGUCAAAUUUUUAAAUAAAUCUCCAAUUUUAUCCAAGAAUACAACCGCUAGCCCUAGCACUUCUGUUAAUGCUCCUAAACGACCAGUCAGACAAACGAGCGAUAAUGCUGACGCUGAUAUAAAAAAGAGUUUCGCUGAUUUAACAGAAAAUAUGAAAAAGGUGUGCCAAGAAGCUGUAAGGGCAGUGCAGGAUACAAAAAAUAUUGAAGUUCGUGAGGAGAAAAAAGAAGAUGGUGCAGCUACAAGCCUCAUGCAACAACUGGUACGUCUCAUGACCGACCUUGUCGAUAUCCAAGUGCAGCAGAAGAACUGUGCUAAACUGCCGUCUGAUCUUUACAAAUUCCUGGAGUGGCUGACGGUACCACAGGAUACUAAUGCUGACGUCGAUGAAGUUUUUCCCGGACAAAGUUACACCAUUGACGAUAGUGCGAAUAGAUACGAGAAAUCCACAUAUCCGUCUUACGAUGUUACGUUGACGGAAGACACGCACCAGGAAGACCGAACUGAAUGUUUGGGAACAAUCCGUGCUGUUCAGGACCUGAUACAGCAAUAUGAGGGGAUGAGCGAUGAGGAUAAGAGCAAAAUGACCGGAGUGAAGGAAUAUCUUGAGAACCAGCUGAAGUUUUUAAAUAGAAAACUAAAUGGUUCCGCGGAGACGAACCUUUAUGAGCUGCAUACUGAACAUCGAGGCAAAGUCAUUUGA